UUUUUUUUACUUUGCAGUGAGCCAGCAGGAGCACCAUCAGAUCCUCUUAGGUUCAAAACCGCAGCUGUUGCGGCAGACUACAAGACGUGUUCAGAAGACGGCGCUAACAUUUUAAAAGAGAAAGGCGGUAACGCGGUUGAUGCCGCAAUUGCCACUGCCUUGUGCGUUGGCGUGGUGAACACUCACUCAGCAGGCAUCGGCGGUGGAGGAUUCAUGAUCAUUUAUAACAAGACAACUGGUAUGUUUCCAACGCAAUUCAUAAACGGCCUAUACAAAUCGUUGUCAUAUAAAAGACUAGUAUACACGGUAUAGCGUUUGACUGCAGAGCGAGAGGUCGAGGGUUCAAUUCCCGUGGCCAGGGGCUCGUUUCUCGAAAGUCCCGAUAAUUAUAGGGCCCGUAAAGCUGUUGUUGUUUACAAGCAAGAUAGAAGUUUCAAUAGUUUUGCAUCUAACAUGAUAAAACUAUCAGUUAAUGAAACAACAUGGAAUUGUUUGCUAGCCAGGACCCGCGCUCUUAUUCUUUAUAUUUCGAUUUGAAAAUUUGAUUUCGGGCCCGAAAAGUUAACGGGACUUUCGAGAAACGGGUCCCAGACCACUACUCAGAGUCUUUAAAUAACUGAGAAACAAAGGUAUUCCUUUACACUAGGCGUCGAGACCUUUGUGUGUCUCCCGUCUCCAGCUAGAGACGUUAAAAUGUCCCCAAUUACUACGUACGUGCUAAACAAAUUGAAACUCAAAUAAAGGGCAUGGCAUUCUUUUAAAGUAUAUGUAGCUAACGCUAUUCACGUGACCCGGUGACGUCAUGAUUGGAAAUUUCCGCCAUCUUGGAUUUUUAUACGCCACUUGCACAUCUCCCAUAAUGUACCUUAUUUGUUCCCCAAAAUUUGACACAACCUUUGUGUUUCAUUUCUCCUGGGAAUUACAGCCGUCCCAAGAGAAAUUGAAAACAAUAGAGAGAUUAAGAUUUACGUUUACGGCAUACGGCAAACGGCAAACGUCAGUUGAAAAUUUCUCAGAAUAGAAAAUAAGCAGAUAAAAACAGUCCAGAACGAUUCUUGUGGACAAAACUGUCAUAAAACUACUUAUUUUUGUGUAGAAACAAUAAACAGUAAACGAAAAACAAGGGGAAAACUUGGUCACGUGGUACAAAUUCACGUUUGCCGUUUGGCGUAAACGUGAAUCUUAAUCUCUCUAAUGCUUAUGCAAACUUUUGGGGGGCAAAUUGUAUUGUGGGAAAUAUGCGAGUGGCGAAUUCUGUCAAAAAAGCGACAAGGGGACAAGGUUAUUCAAAGUUAAUUUUUUUGAAAAAAAUGUUUUUAAGUUAUACAAUCUAUUUUGGCGACAACGACUUUCUAAAAGUCUUGGGCAACACAAGCUGUUUCUCAUGAAAAUGUCACUUACAAAAAGUUUACAAGCUGAAAACACUUAAAUCGUGCAUGGAUAUUUCCUUCUGAUAUUCAUUUUUUAUGAAAACAUAAAAAUCAUAGGUGAGACCACGGCGAUCAACUUCAGAGAAACCGUGGCUCAGCAUGAAAAGGCGGAUUCCAUGAAGGAGUUCCAGCACCUCAUGUUCCAGUGGAAAUCAAGAGGUAAUUAAAAAUAAUUAGCAAAUACUGGAUGAGGCUGCCGGGCUAUGUUCUCACUAAAACUAUACCGCAUAGGGCUUCCGUUUACACAUAAGUAUAGUGAUUGUAACGUGAUUUCUAUGACGGCGCAAAGCAUGAAAAUACUGAAAUUUUAAAAUUUUGUAACUUACCAGUAAUUAACUCACCGUGAUAACUCACGGCAAAUAACUCACGACAUUGGCGGACCCGUUCGGACCGCAGCGAGAGUGAACAAGUAGGAGUAAGGACUGGAAUCCACUAAGAAGGAAGUAAAUAUUCAGUGUUCCUGAAAGGUCGGUUAGCGCUAAUCUAUGGUUAAAAGUUUGUUCUGUUUUGUAUUUUGCCUCCCUAUGUACUGCAUAGAGUAACAUUUUGUGUUAUCAUAACUGUAUCUCGUAGAAGAGGCUCAACAGUAUUUGUAAACUUGAAUUGCAUGUUCUUAGACAAGAAAACCUUGCUCAAAAUUUGGCUUAAUUCUGAGUUAAACUUAAUCAUCUUUUAAGGAAAAAGGCCCAGGAGCGAGGACUGGGAUUAAGAGCACCAAGCCCUCUCGGCCAACUACUCCGGCACGAUGUUCGAUGUGUGUGAACGACUUGUUCCAGUUCUGUGCCGUUGCUGAUUAUACUAAUACCGUGAGAUAGCUAGCUUAUCGUGUCAGCACGAACAGCUGUCCGGUAAAGUGUGAACGUAUAUAUAGCCUGAGUAUGAUAUAAGAGCGGAAACGCUCUAAGAGAUCUGCAUAAUUCCUCAUUGAAUUCGAAAGCCGAAUCCAAUAAUUGUUUUACUAUUCGUUCAAAAUAUUUCCGACUUACCUUGAUCUAGUAUGUAAAAUUCUCGUCUUCAUAACAUUCGCCUGCUCCUCGCUCAGCUUAUAAAGAGAUGGUUAUUGAAGCAGGCUUUCUUUAAAUAGCAGUUGUCAUCUGCUGAGAGGUGUUUGCUUUUCGGCCAUCUUAACAACAAUGACCUCAAGCUACGCUCUCGGUCAUUACUUGUAAGAGGGACUCAGAGCUAAGGCAUCAUCCUGUAUAAAAUUUUCAGAAACGAAGACCCGUGUCCCAGGGGAAGGAGAAUUUAUAGGCGUUCCUGGCGAGCUAAGAGGUUUUGAAUUAGCCUGGAAAAAAUAUGGCAGCAUGCCCUGGAAAGAUCUGUUUGAUCCUGCUAUCAAGAUUGCCUCUGAGGGUUUCAAAGCCACGCACACAAUUAUAUCCGCUGUGGAAAAGAAUGCGGCCAAUGUAUCAAAUGAUCCUGGCCUUAGGUGAGUGAGAUAUACAUUAGUUUGACCAUACAUCACCCGUCCAGGAAUCUAAGCCGCCAGAACUAGCCUGGUUGUAAAGAGACUUGCCAUUAUAUAUAAACCCGGACUAACCCAACUAGAUCAGUCUUAAGCCAAAUGGUGCGUACAGCAGUGAUAGGUUUUAGAUAAUAUUCACGAAAAGGCCAUCUUACAUUUCAUUUUCAAAAUGAGUAGUUUGAACGGCCAGUUUUUAACUUAUGGAAAGCUUCCUCCACGUUAUGUUAAAUAAUUCUUUGUCGAGCAUCUCAGAAAUGGAUUGAACUGUGAUAGCUAUUGUCUUCUAUUUACUCAUUUGGUUUUCUGUUGUUAGACCUUUAUUGAUUGUUUUGUUAAACGAAAUUUUCUCAAAAGUACCAUUAUAUUAAUUAAAAAUGUACAUGCAUAAAAAUUGAACUUUCUUGUGACUACAGAUGAGAAUUUUGCAAUUGAAACACGCGAAAACUUCUAAUUAUGACGCAUGCACAGUAAAUUUCAAGAAUAUUGAACGAUUCAUGAAACUACUGUGUCAGUAAAGCAUUGUGAUAUUCUCUAGCGGGACCAGGCAAGCUUAAACACCUAGAGCUAUGGGUCAAACAUGAAGUUUAACGCCUCUAAGUGUAAAGUGUUAACAGUCACACCGAAGACUGCAUGAGGCCUCUAUCGAAAUUGCCCGUGCCACCGCUUAUAAUUUACACCUUAAUUACUGUAUUUUCCUUUUUUUCAUUAGAUUUCACCGUUUAACUAUUACAUUUUAGCUACCGCGUUAAGAGAAUUUUUUUUGAUGUGAAGUAUAUAUGAAAUAAUUCAUUUUUGAACUGCUUUUGUAGAUGAAAGUGGAGAAUGAUAAUCGCAGUAAAUUUUCCAAUUUAAGCAAUAGGAAAGAAGAAGCCUGAAAUAAAACCGGGGCUUCAACGGGAGUCGAACCAGUGACCUCCGCGUUUUUUUUAGAUUUUGCUUAGCAUGGGAUGGCGCUCCGCAUAGGUCACGUGUCCCGUUCGCGCUAUUCCCCUUUGGUCUAUUUCAAGCUCGUAUUUGUCUUGUUUUUAUUUAUUUGUUAUUAUUAGUGUUUCUUUUUAUUGUUUCUAUUUAUUAAGUCUUCUGGCAUUGAAUCGCCUUCUUUCUCCUUUUUAGCGAGUUAUUUAGGCCAAAUGGUAAAUGGAUAAAGAUGGGCGACCUAAUAAAACGAACAAAAUAUGCAAAAACUCUGGAGAAGAUUGCCAAGCAUGGCGCUGAUCUUUUCUAUACUGGAAAAAUGGCAAAGCAGGUAAGAAUUUAUGAUAAUACCAGCUUUUUCCCCUCUUACAGUUUAUAGGCACAAGAAUACCUUUAACACCUUUGUGUUGGUCUACUUGUAAUACGCGCGCAAGUUCGCGCAGCGUUCUAAGUUUUGUAAGUUACAAUUUACACAGUCGCUUGCGGCUUAAACCCAGAUAAGUAACCUUCUCCGAAGGAAUCUGGUACCCAGGCCAGUUUUCGGCCUCGCCGACAAGAGAUCUGGGUACGAGAUAAACUCCAAAGGGAAGUUACAAGCUACUAUCACUCUUUUUACCUAGUAAGAGCCUUGAUCGCCUUCGUAGCAGACGUUUGGGUUUUGUCGCGCGUUCCUUCUCCACGAACGUUCGUGAGAAAGGAACGCGCGACGAAACCCUAAGACCGUCUGCGUGGGAGGCUAGACAAGCAUUCGAAAGGGAAUGGGAAGCGGGGACUGAAUUUCGGGCACGCUAGGGGGAGGAAAGGAAACCCUUCUCCCCAGCGGGCGCGCGAACCGAAUUUCCUUCUCUUCCCUUCUGAACGCCUGGCUGACGCAGGAUAGUGCUUCGAUCGCGUACAACUAGAAGAUGUUUCAGGUAGGUUUAUACAAUCUUACCGCAUGUUGUUACCUUUUAACCCUCGGUAUGACGACCACGAAAAAAGGACUUGACUCGCAAUUCAAGCCAUCAUUCACCAGCAAAAUUCUUUUUACGCGACUAGAAAGCAUUGCCUACAAUUCCACAGAGCAAGAAAGUCGUUACAGAAUUGUCUUGUUGAUAGGGACGCCCCUGAUUUUCUGUAUCUUACAAACACUUCGUGUCAAGUCGUGUGGCUGCAGGGCUUGCCUGCUGCAUACAGUACUCCUGUUUGCCGCGAAAAUACUCUCAAAGGAAAGAACGCACGAAUAUAUUCUUUAUUAAGACCUAACGAAUUUAUGGAUUAUGCAGGUGGUCAAGGACCUUAAAUCCGUUGGUUCGACGAUAUCCUUAGACGACAUGAAAAAUUACGCAGCGAGAGAAGUCAAGGCAGUGGAGUCUGACCUGCCAGGGGUGAAAGGAUUCAAAGUUUAUACCGUCCCACCCCCGGCAGGUGGAGUGGCAUUACUAAACAUUUUGAACAUUCUUAAAGGUAUGUUUUCAUCUUUUCCAAUGCGCUGGUGGAUUUUCAGUUUCAGCUUCUAUUAUUGUUGCAAUAUUCACAUUCAUAAAAUAACAAAGAUAGUACGCGCGUUCUGAUUGGCUUAAAACCUUUGGCUUAUUGUGCCGGUAAACUAAUAGUUUUACUUAAAGUUUUUUUAUAAAAGCAAUAGACCACACUUCCUAUGGGUUUACACACGAAAAGCUUGUCGCCUUCGUCUCGUGAUUUUCAUGCUUUUCUCGUGUUCUCCCAACAUCGAAUAUCCCCGUAGGUUAUCACGCCGGUAAACUCGUAGAAAGUGUGGUCUAUUGCUUAAAAUUAAAAAUUUAAUAGCCUAAGUAAUAUAUAUUGCAAUAUGUACAACAAAGAAAAAACAAGGGACUACAAAUUAAAGUAAAAUGAAUAAAAUGUACGCAGGGAGCAAAGUACCUUUGCCUCAGCCUGAGCUGGCCAUUGCCACGAAAAGUGCAAAAUGUUUUCAUUUUAUCUGCUUGGCAUUUGGAGUGCCUUGAAUUAGUACAAAAUUAGGAUUUAAGGUUUUCAGAUUGAAGAAAAACUUUAAACGGUAAACAGGGAUCAGGAUUUAGUACUGUAAAAUGAGAUUUUUACUCCCGCCUAUCGUCAGAAUGUUCCAUUUUGGGGAGGAAAAGCCUUAAGUCUAAUCUAUUUGUGGUACGUUUAGGAUAUGCUUUAGUGCUCCCCAGUUUGAAUUGAGUACAAGAUUAAGCGAUUCCUUUUACAAAUCACAGAUAAUUGCAGCAAUUAAAAACAAUUACAACCCAGCUAUCUUCUGUUCUUUUUACCGUAUUAUUUAGCUGGCCUUGGCAAGCUGUUAGCAAUUCCUUUGACAAAGGCGGGUGAUAGAAUUGUCUUAUGUUACCCUAGACUGCUUGCAGUCUGGCUUUGCUCUUCAAGUAAAAAUCGGUCUAGUUCUUAUCGCAGCCAGCGCGACAGCAAAUAACGACGUCUCGAUAAGAAAAAUUUUUGGAUUGAGCGGUAGAAAUGACUGUACGCUGAAUCGUCUGUUAUUUGCGUUCAUUAACAGGGUUCAAAUUUGGUCCAGAGGACAUUAAAGAACGGCCUGAACUAACGUACCACCGCAUGAUUGAAGCAUUCAAUUUUGCAGCUGCAAAGGAAACUUACCUCACUGAUCCACUAUUCAGCGACAAGACGGAUCAGGUAAAAGAUCAACUGAUCAUUUGAAAUCAAACAGUUCUAAUUCUCUAUUUUCACAUAUACCAUAAUGCACGUUGUUUACCCCCCAACAUUUUGCAUAACCAUUGUCUUCGAUUUCCCUUGUGACGACUGUAAUACCCAAGAGGAACUGAUUGGAAACAAUGGUUUUGCAAAAUUUUGGGGGCAAAACAAGAUCGUUGUAGAGCGUUUUCACUCACGUGGCCAGCAUCUAUGCAAAUGUAUUGGAACAAAAGAAAGCGUUUGCAUAAGAAAAGUUCAAAUCCCACAGAAUUGUCUUGGUACACCAACAUGGCCGCCGUUUUAUUGUUGUGGGACACCAAUAUGGCCGCCGUGACGUCAUGUGAAAACACUCUAUAGUCUAUGUGAAUAAGAGGGCCUUAAACAAUAAAGUUAAAACUAGGUUUUGCCCCUUUUAAACAAGAAAAUGGGAUUGUGAGUAACUGGAUCAGUUUUGUUAAUGAUAUAUGAAAUAAAUCAUAUAUGAACUGCGGAAAUGAAAUGAAAAUGAAGAAAUGAUCGUCGUAGUGAACGCAAUUUAUGCAAUUGCGUAAAGAUGCCUGAAAAAGAAAACUUCCGGACUUAAAGGGGUUUGAACCCGUGACCUCGCGAUUACCGGUGCGAUGCUCUACCAACUGAGCUAUGAGGCCACUGACGUUGGGAGUAGGUCAAUUGUGGGUUUAUAUGUUCCCGUGAAAGAAAUGAGUGUUAAUGACUGCGGAAAUGAAAUGAAAAUGAAGAAAUGAUCGUCGCAGUGAACGCAAGUUAUGCAAUUGCGUAAAGAAGCCUGAAAAAAAGUCGGUUUUGAUGCCAAUCAUCCAGGUCACCAAAUGUAAUUUUGGUUUUGGAAUCCACAAUUCAGCUCAAAGAAUCCUCCAGUAUCUCGCGAACGAUUGAAACUUGGAAUCCACGGCGUAGAAUCCAGAAUCCAAGCCUGUCUUGAAUUACCAUAUAUAGGGCGAACCGUGAUACAUUGGAACUGGACACAAAAAAGCUGAGAAAACAGGAUUUGGACCUCGCAAUUUCCUGCUAUCAAGCCUUUGAGUUCCAUGUAUAACGCAAGAUGUGAUGAAGGGAGAGACUUCAGAUUCUGGCUCACAGAAUGACGCAAGACCAUCAUGUUUAGCAUAUCGACCAAUAAGAAUCCUCGGUAGACUAUCUACAAUUCUGCGUACAUUCUUGGUGCGUGGAAGGCAGUAAAAAAAAUGCUCUUUUUGGGUGUUAAUGUAUUUAGCACUACAGUACUAGUUAAGGACACCAUUCUUACGUCCCCAACUGGAGACGGGACCGCUAUUUUAUGUGGUUAACCGAGCCACGCGAAGGUCCAGCCGCUUGCAUUGCGAAGACAGUAGUACCUUCAUUUCUCAGUUAUUUUAAGACCCUGAGAAUUGGUCCGACCCCAGCAAUCGAACCCGUGACCUCCCGCUCUGUAGUCAAGCGCUCUACCGACCGAGCUAAUCCUGCCGCUUAGUUAUUUCUGUAAGAGAGUGCAGUCUUUAGUCAUUUUGGGGGUUGGGGGAAAUUCAUUUCCACCAGAAUGAUUUUUUUUGUUGCUGAAACAAAGAAGUAAUUGGGAAACUAAUCUAACUAAAUUGUUAAAUACUCUGUAAUUAUGCUUAUGAUUGUGAAAAUGAUUGUGAUUGUGAUUGUGAUUGUAAUUGUGAUCGUGAUCGCGAGAUUGCGAUCGUGAUCAUGAUCGUAAUCGUGAUCGUGAUUGUGAUCGUGAAUGUGAUCGUGAUCUUGGAAGUCAUCGUAAUCGUGACUGUAAUUGUGAUCGUGAUAGUGAUUGCGAUUGUGAUUGUGAUUGUGAUUCCGAUUAUGAUUAUUUCUGUUCAAAUUCAGGUCGUUGCGGAGAUGGUUAAUCCUGAAAAGGGAGAGAAGAUUCGCCAACUUAUUGACGAUAAAUCUCACUCAGAUGACUACGACUACUACGGGCCGAUAAACUAUCACAUUGACGUCACAGAUGGCACUACUCAUUUGUCCGUCCUGGAUAAAGAAGGGAACGCUGUUUCCUUGACAACAUCAAUAAACAAAUAGUAAUUACAAAUUAAUAAACUAGUAAUAAGCAAAUGUUACGGAGAGAGGGCGACAACGAAAGAAGGUCAGAACGCUUUUGCCCCAGCGCGCGCUGCUGUGCUUUGCGCAAGUUUCACGUGAUCAUCGGAUGGUCAAAACACGCGUGAUCAAAUAGCGUUCUGUGCAUUUCAUUCAUUCUUAAUGGGAGUCAAACGAAUGCUGACUACAUACAUGCGACGCAUGCGUAAUAACAACCUUGAGAUUAGGAUUGCGGGCUCCCCUGGUCGCCCGCAAUAAUGAUAAGAAGAAGAAAAAGAAGAAUAACGGUUUAGUUCCAUUCUAUUCCUUUCAACAUCAGAUUUAAACCCAAAAAAUGCAUGUUUUAAACCAAACUUGUUGGUAUUCUUACAGGCGGCCAAGGCUCUGUGGGAGUUCGGGGCAGCUGUCAGAGCCUGGGCUACCGGUAGUAUUCUAGGGCCCAUCAAGUCCUUGUAACGGAAAUUUGACAACAUCGUUGCACCAGUUAUCUAAAACACUCCCCAUGUUUUUUAUAUGUGGCGGCAACUACUUUCUAUGCUGACAUUCUUUUUGUUUCUCACUUUUUCUUGCAGUUUCGGUGCUAAAAUAAGAAGUAAGACACUAGGGAUUGUUUACAAUGAUCAACUCUGGGAUGCGGUUAAUUUGUGGGUAAAUGAAUUUCAUCUGGAACCUGAUACUAUGAAGCCUCGAAAGAGACCCAUGUCUCUUGCUUCGCCAUCCAUCAUCGUAGAUGAAAAAGGGAAUGUAAGAAUGGUGAUUGGUGCGGCCGGAGGAAAAUACAUCGCCACUGCUUUGGCGCAGGUACAUAAACACAUCUAUCAAUGUCUAAAAACACCUUUCUCCCAUGUCACAUGAGCAAGAACUUAAAAUUAAAAUUGCCAGAAAUCAGUAGGAAGUCUUCUUACAUGUCACGAAAUUUGUGGAAUAGUUUAACCAUUGUGGCCGGGCAGAAGGUUAAACCGCGGAGCAAAACCGGAAUUCAUAAAUGGCCGACAGGAAAAACGUAUGUGAUAUCUGAAUAAAAGAAAAGCUUGUCAUUUGACAAAAAUAUUUAGUAGUAUUUGAGUGAUCUCUCGGUUUACCAUUUGAAGGUUAUUGCGAAGUAUUUACAUCACUGUAGGCAUAGACUCUUUUCAUGUAUUCAGAACGAGGUUAACGAAGUUUAAACACGCAGUCACAAUGGCAUCUGCACGCCGUUUUUGACACUAUCCGUGAAUGUUUGAGCAAUAUAGUCUGCGAAAAGUGGAUGUAAUUUAAGCUAACAGUUAUUUAAUCAUCAAAGUUUAACCACGUAUGACAUGUUUUAGGAGCGUAUAAAGUGAGUCACAAAUCUCACUGUGUCUUUUAGACUAAUUUUAUUUUUUUUUACUAAUAUAGCCAUUUUGGAUACCUCUAUUAAAUUGCAGGUUUUGAUGAAUUAUUAUUGGUUUGGAGACAGUCUGAAGGACGCCGUAUCGAAACCACGCCUACACAGUCAGCUUUUUCCUAAUAUGGUAUUAGUCGAACCAAAUUUCCCUCAAGAUAUCAUCAGGGGACUGAGGAGAUAUGGACACAAGCGCAUCACGAAUGAUACCACAUUAUUUACCGGUAAAUAAUUCCUUUACCUGUCUUUUGCGUACUUUAGACUUUUUUUGUGCACUUACACUUUUGUGAGCCAAUUUUACUUGAUGAAACCUAAAUAAUGUUACUCUUACUAUCAGCAUGUUGUUGAGUACUUUUCACUUUUAAGGCUUUUCUGGUAGAUUCCAGGUAGGAUUUUUGCAAUCACGUAAUUUACUACACUAUGCAAAUAAAAUAGCCAAUAUAGAUUGAAUAUAACAAAAAGUGGUAAAGAAACUAUGAAACCACGGGGCUUUUAUAACAUUAGGGUUCCCCACAAAAGAGACAAAAAGGGUAGGAAUCAGACAAAAAAGCACUACGCGGUGGGUCUAAAUCCGAAUUUAAGCUCUGAAAGUUUAGUAUUUUAAAGUAAGGAACUUUUUUUAGUCUACUUUACUUUUUUAAAUUUGCAUUCGCCUUACGUCAUCCCAGAUGAUUCAAUUUUUUACGUUGAACGGAGUGGUCUUAUUACUUGGAGACGUUGUGUCUCUGAAGGAAAAUUUCUAUGAAGUCUCAUUCUUUGCAGCUGCUUAUAACUUGCUAAAAAAGUCAUGAUGAAUUGAGCAUAACAACCCAAACCAUGGUUCGGUGUCCUUUGAUAGAAAGGAGAAGUAGUUACGUCACGUUUCCAUGGUAGCAAAAUUUCUGGAUGACAACAAACCGAAAAUUCACUUAAAAAGUGAAUUCGCACUGUUUAAAACUUAACCGAUCUUACUCAGUCAGUUUCAUUCAAUUUGUCAAAUGUUGGAGAAAUUUUCUGGGGUUAAAUGCGAAAGGACCGUAUUUAAGUUUAGAAAAAGAAAACUAACAUUUUUGUGUUGGGUUUACCUACUCCUUAAAGCAGGCGCGUGAAAUUAGGAAGUUUCGUGUCGCAGUCGUGCAACGACGGCUAAGAAAUGUACAAAAAAGCGUGCUGCACGUGUGAUGCACGUGCAAAGUUGUUUUUUUGCCAUCAUAAACUUAAUGCUAGCGCUUUUAACUAUUCUCGUUGCCGUCGCCAUCGUCGUUCACGCUUUAAUUCCCUAUUGUUGUGAUCCAGAAAUUUUGCUACCAUGGUAACUUGACGUCACACUUCUCUCUAUUGUAACUGUAUUUUGGAAAACACUUAAUAUGAUCUCUAUCGCAUUUAGGAACACCCCUACAAAUAAUGGGCGUUGUUCAGCUUGUUGUUCGAGAGGACAACGGAGAGCUACUGGCACUAGCUGACUAUCGCAAAGGAGGAGUCGCGGCAGGUUACCGCUGA